CCCCCCCCCCAUCGCCGGCGAAUCCGCCUCCGUUCACCAGCGGUCGCGCAGCGAGCGAGCGGGGAGACAGUCGGGCGGCGGAUCCGCGCCCACCCCACCCGGAACCGAACCGGGGAGGGGAGAUCGAGGCUUCUGCCUCUGCUCGAGGAGAGGCGGCGACCAUGGUGGUGGACACGGCCUACUACGACGUGCUCGGGGUGAGCCCGUCCGCUACCGAGUCCGAGAUCAAGAAAGCCUAUUACAUCAAGGCGAGGCAGGUCCAUCCAGACAAGAACCCCAAUGACCCGGAGGCUGCAGGGAAGUUCCAGGAAUUGGGGGAGGCAUACCAAGUGCUAAGUGACCCUUCACAGCGCAAAGAUUAUGACUCCAAAGGGAAAGCUGGCAUCUCAACGGAUGGAAUAAUUGAUCCAGCAGCCAUUUUCGCGAUGUUAUUUGGUAGUGAACUUUUUGAGGAAUACAUUGGUCAAUUGGCAAUGGCAUCAAUGGCUUCACUUGAUAAUUUUGGUGAAGAUGAACAUAUCGACACAAAAAAGUUGCAAGAGAAAAUGCAGGCUGUUCAAAAGGAAAGAGAAGAGAAACUUGCAGAGAUACUGAAAAAUAGGCUGCACCUUUAUGUUCAAGGAAAUAAACAGGAGUUUGUCCGACUUGCUGAAGCUGAGGUGUCCAAACUUAGCGAUGCAGCAUAUGGACUUGUUAUGUUGAACACUAUUGGUUAUGUAUAUUCAAGACAAGCUGCAAAAGAACUUGGAAAGAAAGCAAUAUAUUUGGGGGUUCCAUUUGUAGCUGAAUGGUUCAGAGACAAAGGCCAUUUUAUCAAAUCCCAAGUAACAGCUGCAGCAGGUGCAAUAGCUCUUAUGCAACUGCAAGAAGAUUUGAAAAAGCAGCUGGGUGCUGAGGGCCAGACCACGGAGGAAGAACUCGAGAUGUACAUGCAGAACCACAAAAAAGUUAUGGUUGAUUCCUUGUGGAAGCUUAAUGUUGCUGACAUAGAAGCCACCAUAUCACAUGUCUGCCAGAUGGUGCUUCAAGAUGGUACUGCCAAGAAGGAAGACCUGCGUCUUCGUGCCAAAGGAUUGAAAACUUUAGGCAAAAUUUUCCAGGGGGUUAAGCUCAACAACGGUGAGGGGGAAGUGUCGCAAAUGAGGAAUAUAGAUAACACCGAUGACAAUGACGGUAGCUCCCCUGACUCGUCACCCAGAAGGGAGCCAUCAUACAAUCCUGCCAUCCCUAACCCUCCUCUUACCCAGAGUCCAUAUGUGGAGGCCCCUCAGUUCGGUGGAACCUAUUGUUCAUUCAACUUCCCAAUGCCGACGGCUCCACCUGGCGCGCAAAGGGAUCCGAUGCCUUGAUAGUUAAAACCAGAUGUAAACUUGCGUACCAUCAUUUCAUGUAAUAUCGCUUGUGCGGUACCAGAUCGUUUGCACAGUGCAUCAUUUGUACCUGUGGUAGGAGAGGAAAACGGGGGAGCCAGUCGGAUAUCCUUACUAUUCCUUCGGUUGUGUAGCAGCCAUGUAUUGUGUACAGUUGUGUUAACUGUGCUGUUGCAGCAGCAGUAGGUCAGCAUUGUUGUACAUGAUUCCGUGUUGUUUUUCUGAGCCAAGGUGAGUUCAUGGAAGCUGAAGCUCUGACGGUGACUGGUUUAACAACAGGUAUGUACUCCUGUUGCUGCUGGCUGGUAUUUCCUGGCGAUGAAACACGUUGCAGGAUGCAGUCCUAGUAGAUAAAGAAUUUGAGGUCCUGCUUAGAAAGUUAGAAUGCAGGAAUUGGGAUACCUGCUUAGAAUUUGAAAUCGCAGGAACAUGCCUUCUUUAAUCUUAUAGGAUGUGAAGCUAGAGGAAUUUGCAUAAAAUGGUGUUUGGUUACACCAUAGGAACUCAUUUUUUCUUCAA